AUGACAGGCUUUGGAACUCGAGCUGUCCGAUCGGGUCUACCCCGUGAUGCCAACACAGGUGCAUUGGUGGAACCAAUUUCACUUGCAACAACAUUUGCCCAACAGGAUGUUGGCUGUCCCAUUGGCCCUUACAUCUACUCGCGCUCUUCCAACCCCAAUCGUGACAGUUUUCAAAAUGCCAUUGCCGACCUCGAAUGUGCUACCUACGCACUGGUCUUCUCUUCUGGCAUGGCAGCAACAGCAGCCAUUGUCCAAGGCCUAGCACAAAGAUCGCUUAUUGUGUCUAUAGACAGUCUCUAUGGCGGAACCCAUCGAUAUCUAACACGUAUUGCACCGGCCUUUGGUGUGAAAGUGAUAUUUGUUGAUGACAUCCAGAACAGACUGACUCAAGUGCUAAACACAUCUGAGGAGAAAGUCAAAAUCGUCUGGCUUGAAACACCCAGUAACCCAACUCUGUCCCUCGUCGAUAUUCAGGUUGUGGCUGAAACCGCUCAUGCGGCCGGAGCCCAGGUUGUGGUAGACAAUACUUUCUUGUCGCCAUAUAUCCAGAAUCCUUUGAGAUACGGCGCAGACAUUGUCCUGCAUUCUGUCACCAAAUGCAUCAAUGGACACACUGAUGUUUUAAUGGGUGCAAUCGCCUUCAACUCUUCCGAGAUUCAUGCCACCCUAUCUUUCGUUCAGAAUGCCGCUGGAAGUGUUCCUAGCCCUUUUGAUUGUUGGCUCGCCCAUCGGGGUCUGAAGACCCUGCAUCUCCGUGCACCUGCAGCAGCCCGUAAUGCGUCAGCUCUCGCCAAUAUCCUUGAAAAGUCGCCCCACGUGAUAAGUGUGAACUAUCCUGGUCUCAAUAGUCAUCCACAGCGACAAGUCGCAGUGAAACAACACCGCAAUGGUUUGGGCGGAGGGAUGAUAUCUUUCCGAAUUCGAGGCGGGUCAAAAGCGGCAGCGAAGUUCUGUACAUCGUCCAAGUAUUUCGCUCUUGCUGAGAGCUUGGGAGGGCUGGAGAGCUUGUGCGAAAUACCAGCAGCGAUGACACACAAUGGAAUGCCCAAAGAGGCGCGGGAAAAAGGUGGAAUCUACGAUGAUUUGAUCCGGCUCAGUGUAAGCGUGGAAGAUAUCAGUGAUUUGAUGGAGGAUAUGUUGGGCACUUUGGAAUAUGCAGUGAAGUUAUAAUGCCACAACUCGGCCAUUAGAAGAAAGGAC